AUGGGUGAAACAUCACACACUGCAAGAAUGUGGUCUUGUAUAAAAGACUUCUUCACCUAUGAAACCACCAAGUCAGUGGUAGUGAAGAGCUGGACCAUCGGCAUCAUCAACCGCGUCGUCCAACUCCUCAUCAUCACUUACUUCAUUGGGUGGGUGUUUGUCUAUGAGAAGGCCUACCAGGUGAGAGACACAGCUAUUGAAUCCUCGGUGAUGACCAAGGUCAAAGGUUUUGGAAUCUAUAAUGAGAAGGUCAUGGAUGUUGCAGACUACGUCACUCCUACUCAGGGAGCUUCAGUCUUCUGCAUUAUCACCAAAUUGAUCACAACUGAAAACCAAGUCCAAGGAUACUGUCCUGAGAGUGAGAGGAAGUAUACUUGUACUAAGGACAGCGACUGCACAAGGCACCUCAACAAGCCAGGAAGUUAUGGAAUUCUCACAGGCAAAUGUGUUCCUUUCAAUGCCACCAUCAAGAUGUGUGAGAUAAAAGGAUGGUGUCCUGCUGAGAUCGACACCAUCAAGACUACACCAAUGAGGGAAGUGGAGAAUUUCACCAUUUUCAUUAAGAAUAGCAUCCGCUUCCCAACCUUCAACUACACCAAAGGGAACUUCCUUUCUACCAUCACCACCGAUUACAUCAAAAAAUGUAACUUUGACAUGAUCAACAACACCUACUGCCCCAUCUUUCGUGUGGGAGAUGUGGUCCGCUACGCGCAGCAGAACUUCACUAAACUGGCAGACAAGGGAGGAGUGAUUGGUAUAAAGAUCGGCUGGAUAUGUGAUCUGGACAAGUCAGAUGACCAGUGUAACCCCUCAUACUCAUUCACCCGACUGGAUGCCAUGUCACAGAAGAACGCUGUCUCGCCAGGCUACAAUUUCAGGUUUGCCAAAUACUAUAAGACGGAGAAUGGGACGGACUACCGCACUCUGGUCAAAGCCUAUGCCAUUAGGUUUGACGUUCUGGUCAAUGGAAAUGCAGGGAAGUUCAACAUGAUCCCUACACUCAUCAAUAUGGUGGCAGCCUUCACAUCAGUGGGAGUGGGCACAGUGCUGUGUGACAUUAUACUGCUGAACUUCCUGAAAGGGGCUGAGCAGUACAAGGCCAAGAAAUUUGAAGAGGUGUCCGACAAUCCGAUGGAUUCCCAACGUAAAGGGUUGUACCGCUCCCAGCUGUCACUCAGACAUAGUGACACGAUCAUGAGGUCCAGUGACUCAGGGGCAUUUUCCAUUGAACAUUACAGCUAA